AUGAACUGGAAGAUCAGGAAACUUAAGGUGGAGCACGCGCCCGGCGGCGACCUGUUGUCGGGAAUCGCCCGCCGCCGUCUCCCCGAGCACGCCGUCCGGCGCUACUUCCACCAGCUCGUCUCCGCGCUACACUACUGCCACGCUCGCGGCGUCACCCACCGCGACGUGAAGCCUCAGAACCUGCUCCUCGACCGCGACGGCAACCUCAAGGUCUCCGACUUCGGGCUCGCCGCCCUCCCCGAUCGACUCCGCGACGGCCAACUACACACCGCGUGCGGCACCCCGGCCUACACAGCCCCCGAGGUCGUCCGCCGCAAGGGCUACGACGGAGCUGCCGCCGACGCCUGGUCCUGCGGCGUCAUCCUCUUCGUCCUCCUCGCCGGCUCCCUCCCCUUCGACGACGCCAACCUCGCCGUCAUGUACCGUCGGAUCCACCGCCGCGACUACGAGUCCCUCCCGAGAUCGCCGCCCCAGCCACCGCUUCCUGCUGCGUCCACAUUUCCUCCGGCGCCCGAAAAUUAG